CCUUCGCUGUCGUCGUCGCAGUUACAGUUUUCUCUUCAUUCGUGGCGGCGGUGUGGUUUUUCUGGUUUUCGUUCGCAGUGCAAAAGUGAGAAAAAAUUCCGAUUGAAAAAUAUUGGCCAUAGGGAAACUGUGGUGAUUCGGUGCGCGAAAUGUCGGACAGUGGAAGCGGCUCGGACAAUGACAGCGUGGUGUCGAAUCGAUCCCGGAAAAGCGGGGGAUCCAAUAGGAGCAGAUCGAUGUCCCGCUCGGCGUCCCGUUCCGUUUCGAGGUCGCGUUCCCGAUCCCGAUCGGGGUCCCGUUCGCGGUCACGCUCGGCGUCUGGAUCCAGGUCCGGUUCGGAUGUGGAACAGGUGCGGGUGAAGAAGAAGCGUAAGAUUUCCGGUGGAUCGGACGAAGAGGAGGCGGAAGAUGAACAGGAACCAGAAGGGGAGGAUUUGGACUCGGAGGAGUACGAAGAUGACGAGGAUGACGAUGACCGACGCGGGGGAAGGAAAAAGAAAAAGAAGGAACGGUUUGGUGGAUUUAUUAUCGAUGAGGCCGAAGUGGAUGACGAGGUGGACGAAGAUGAGGAAUGGGAAGAAGGAGCGCAAGAGAUUGGAAUCGUGGGAAAUGAGGUGGAGGAAUUUGGCCAGACGGCACGGGAAAUCGAAAACAGACGACGUGGGACGAAUCUGUGGGACAACCAGAAGGAGGACGAAAUCGAGGAGUAUCUGAGGAAGAAGUAUGCAGAUGAAUCGAUUGCCCGGAGGCACUUUGGAGAUGGAGGAGAGGAAAUGUCCGAUGAAAUCACUCAGCAAACUUUGCUGCCCGGAAUUAAGGAUCCGAAUUUGUGGAUGGUCAAAUGUCGCAUCGGGGAAGAGAAGGCCACGGUGCUGCUUUUGAUGAGAAAGUUUUUGACCUAUGCCAACACGGAUGAACCGCUGAUGAUUAAAUCCGUCGUUGCUCCGGAAGGGGUCAAAGGAUACGUCUACAUUGAAUCAUACAAGCAAACUCACGUCAAAGCGGCCAUCACCAAUGUGGGAAACCUGAGGAUGGGUAUCUGGAAGCAGGACAUGGUCCCCAUCAAAGAAAUGACCGACAUCCUCAAAGUCGUCAAGGAACAAACCGGUCUCAAGCCGAAGCAAUGGGUUCGAUUGAAGCGAGGCAUCUACAAGGACGACAUCGCCCAGGUGGAUUACGUCGAUCUGGCCCAGAACCAGGUCCAUUUGAAGUUGCUUCCCCGCAUUGACUACACACGAUUGCGGGGAGCUCUCCGGACAACCCAGUCCGAGAACGAUGAAAACAAGCGCAAGAAGAAGCGUCGUCCCCCGGCAAAACCAUUCGACCCGGAAGCAAUCCGAGCCAUUGGCGGUGAGGUCACGUCCGAUGGUGACUUCCUGAUCUUCGAAGGCAACCGAUACUCCCGCAAAGGGUUCCUGUACAAGAACUUCACCAUGUCGGCUAUUCUGGCCGAAGGCGUCAAGCCCACUCUAGCCGAGCUGGAACGAUUUGAAGAACAGCCCGAGGAAAUCAACAUCGAACUGGCCGUUUCGGGCAAGGAAGACCCCGUCGGAACGCACACCUUCUCCAUGGGAGACAACGUUGAAGUUUGCGUGGGUGAUCUGGAGAACCUCCAGGCCAAAAUUAUAGCCAUUGAUGGGGCCCUCAUUACCGUCAUGCCCAAGCACGAAGAUCUGAAAGAUCCUCUCAUCUUCAAAGCCUCGGAGUUGCGGAAAUACUUCAAAACCGGAGACCACGCCAAGGUCCUCGCGGGAAGAUACGAAGGCGAGACGGGUUUGAUCGUACGGGUGGAACCGCAGCGCAUUGUCCUCGUGUCGGAUUUGACCAUGCACGAGCUGGAAGUGCUGCCGAGGGAUUUGCAACUUUGUUCUGAUAUGGCCACCGGCGUCGAUUCGCUUGGCCAGUACCAGUGGGGUGAUUUGGUUCAGCUAGAUCCACAAACCGUGGGCGUUAUUGUUCGACUGGAACGUGAGAAUUUCCACGUUCUUGGAAUGCAUGGGAAAGUGCUGGAGUGUAAGCCAACGGCUCUGCAGAAGCGCAGGGAGAAUCGGAAUACCAUCGCACUGGAUGCGGAUCAGAAUCAAAUCCGCAGGAAGGACAUCGUUAAGGUCAUGGAAGGGCCUCACGCUGGACGGGAUGGCGAAAUCAAGCAUCUCUACCGCAAUCUUGCCUUCUUGUACUCGAGAAUGUACACGGAGAACGGAGGAAUCUUUGUCUGCAAAACCAGGCAUCUUCAGCUGGCCGGUGGCAACAAAUCCCAAGGAAACGUCCUGAUGCCAAUGGGGCAGUUCGGAUUCAUGUCUCCUCGUAUCCACUCGCCAAUGCAUCCUUCCGGAGGCCGUGGAGGUGGACGAGGUGGUGGUCGGGGCGGUCGUGGAGGCGCCCGUGUCAACCGGGAUCGGGAAAUUCUUGGCAAAACCAUCAAGAUCACAGGAGGGCCCUACAAAGGGGCCGUUGGUAUCGUUAAGGACGCCACAGAGAGCACAGCCCGUGUCGAGUUGCAUUCCUCCUGUCAGACGAUCUCGGUGGAUCGGAAUCACAUUACCGUCGUUGGAGCAACCCCGAAGGAAGGCUCCGUCUCGAGCUACAUCCGCACUCCAAGUCGCACACCGGGAAGCAGCUACGGUUCUCAAACCCCGGUCUACUCCGGAUCUAAGACCCCACUUCAUGGCUCGCAAACUCCCUCCUACGAUGUUGGUAAUCGUACUCCGUACGGUUCGAUGACUCCGUCCCACGAUGGAAGCAUGACUCCUCGCCAUGGUGCCUGGGAUCCAGCAGUCACAAACACCCCGGCCCGCUCCAACGACUUCGACUUCAACAUGGAAGAACCAUCCCCCAGCCCCGGCUACAAUCCCAGCACUCCGGGCUAUCAGAUCAACACACCUUUCGCACCGAACACCCCCGGGAACAUGUUCAACGCCGAGAACUACAGCCCAUACCAGCCAAGUCCCAGCCCGAGUCCUUCCCCGUACCAGGUCGGCUACAUGGGAACCCCAUCCCCGAGUGGCUAUUCCCCGGCUACCCCCGGAGCCCCCCAAUCUCCCUACAACCCGCAAACCCCCGGAGCCAGCUUGGACUCGCAGUACAGCGAUUGGUGUACCACGGACAUUGAGGUCAAGAUCCGCAAUCACGACGACUCCCAUCUGGAAGGCCAGAGCGGAUUCAUCAAAACGGUCAACAGCGGCGCCUGUUCAGUGUUCCUCCCUGCUGAAGAUCGCGUCGUUACGGUGCUGAGCAACAAUCUGGAACCGGCCGUUCCCGGACCCGGCGAUCGGUUCAAGGUGAUCUUUGGGGAAGAUCGCGACUCGAUUGGAGACUUCCUGUCGAUGUCCGGCAGCAAGGAAGCGAUGGUGUCGUUCAAUGGCAAGAAGAAGAUCAUGCCGUUGAGCUAUCUCUGCAAGGUGACGAUGGAUUAGACGAUGGAGUACGCAGUUUUGUCGUAGCUUCAGCUUAUUUGAAUAUUGGUGUGACCGUACGCUGUUGGAGCAAAUGAAUGUCGUUCGUUGUAUUGAUUGACUAGCAUUUAAAAAUAAGAUUAUCUCUCACUCACCACCGACGCCGAAGCAAAAGAGGAGGAAAUCGGCCCUAGUAAUUGUCUCUGCAAUGGUCCUUCUUGUAUUUGCUGUAUAGAUUUCAACAUGACCUACAUCGAUCUUGGUGGUCCAGGUUGCGUCCGACUGAAGUAUCUUUCGGCGGAGGAAGGCAUUGCUCUCAACGUUUCCUACGGCGAUAGUGUCCUGCAUAGCCAGCGAGUCAAAGGUCCCGAUCCGGCACCCACCUGCCUGAGCAUGUUUGCCCGUCUGGCUCAAAUGUGCGCCCGCUUUAAGGAGCUGCUUCCCACUGACGACGGUAUGCGGGGUUGCCUUCAGCUGGAACCUAUGCUGCUGGGAGAGGUCCAAAUCGAACUGCCCCUCGGGUGCUUCCGGAUGGGACCUAAAGGUGUGGAGCUUAUCAAAUCAUCGGAGGACGAAAUCCAAGAACAACAGCCAGUAGAAAGCGCCGAGAGCACACCCCUCACUGCCGACGAGAAGAAGGAAGACGACGAACCAGCGAAACCGAUUGCCCCGGCUGCGAAUGUUACUUCACCGCUUUCCCUCCUGGAUAACCUGUCAACGGCGGACAUUUUGGCGGCGGUGAGCGAAUCGACCGACGAGGGCAUCGCCAUGAUCUCCAACUGGCUCGGGUUGGGAAUCAACACCAAACCGGCAGGUGGCGAAAGCGACAGCACAGCAGAGACCAACGAGAAAAACGAAACGAGCGACAGCUCGUAGGGUGUAAUGUGUGAGAGUUGAAUGAUUUCCUUGACCGGUUUAAGUUUGGACUCCUAUCCUCUUAUCCAUUUCGGUUCAAUCCGAACCGGUCACAGCAGAUCUGUAGGUUAUUUUACUAUUUAGGAUGGUGCUAAAGCAUCAUCACCCGUAGCGUAUAGUUCAUCUGCUAGUGAUACGAAGACUAACUUAUAAUAUGACAUUCAUUUGAUCCAACAGCGAACAUUUUAUAAAGACUAUAAAGUUUAAAUCCA